GUGCCUCAGUUUCCCCUGUGGCUCUGCCUCCUCGCUUUGACCUGGGGGUCUCCAGCUGCUGGGGGAGGUUUGGGAAAACUUCCAGCCCGGAUCCUCGCUGGCAGGAGCUCAUUCCCAGCCUGCUGCUGCUGCUCCCGUGGCGUCCCACAGCCUCGUCCCCUUCCCAGCCUGCGGGAGCGGGACAGAGGGGUCAGGGAUGGUGGCAGGGCUGGAAUCACGGCCAGGAGCUUUUGGGCAGGCUGGAGCUCGGGGUUUGGAGGUUUAAACUCCCUCUUGAUGGGCUGGUGGUCGAUUUCCACCGAGGAAUGGGGCUUCAUCCCGGGUAUCCCGGUGGGGAGUGGGAUGCUGAGCAGCGUCAUCCCUGUGGAUCUGUUGCCAUGGCAAUCACCGGCUAAAAUAAAGGGCAAUUGGAGCUGGGUACCCGGAGCUGCUUCCCCCUUUGGUGCCUCACUCCUUGAGAUUGCCGGGAGCUGGAUCCCUCCGGUGUAACCCUGGGCUGGAAAUACCGGAGGCAUCGAUGGGGCGGCCUCGGGUGCCAGCUUGGGAUGGGGCUUUCCCUAGGGCAUGAGAUGCCACGGAAUUCUUAGGGAUGCUCGGGAUCCGGCCUGCAGGGUGAGACCCAAGCUCAGCCAGAGCCAUGAACCCCCACGAAACCGAGACCAGCACCUGCCACAUGUCCCCAGGGACACCCCUGCCCUCCGGGGACAUCCAGGACUGUGGCAGGGCUGGGUGGGGUCUGGUGCCGGCAGAUCCAGCGGGACGUGGAGAUCCAGUUUUACCUCCAGCCCUUCCCAAAGCCGAGCUCCAAACAUCUGCCGGCAAUUCCUCUCUCCCGGGAAGCUGUGCCGGAGCUGCGGGGGAGCUGCCCGCGCCUCCCACGCCCGGAGGAAGCGGGUUGGGGUUUGGGGUGCGCUGGGAGCUGGGAUGGAAGGAGGGAAGUGCUCCAAGGAGGGAAGGGCAGAGCAGCUGCCGGGGAGGAGGCGGCAGCAGGGCGGGCACGGACCCGGCUGUUCCCAGGGGAUUUGUUUGUCCUGUCCGGGGUGUCCCGUGCCGGGGACAAGCAUUUUCUAGGGGGGACAAGCACCAAAGCAAGGGCUCCCCCGGCUUCCCCAGACCCUGGCAGGUCCCAGCCCGGAUCCAUUUCAUGAUGUGGCUCGAAGCGUGAUGCACUUUGACAGCUCAGGCAGGAUCUGAUGUACUCAAAAGCUGCUCUGCUGGUUUGAUUUAAUUUAAUUUGAUUUGAUUUGAUUAGGUUCUAUCAGUUCUCCUCAACCUGCCUCCAGUAAAAGCCUGGCCGGAGGGCGCCGGGCAGGCAGGAGGCGGUGCUGGCAGCCUGCCCGUCCCUAAAAACUCCUGGAGCGGGGCUCCGGCACCGCCCUGCCCGCUGGGAUCCGCCGGGCCGAGCAUCCCCUGCCCUCCCCGCGUCCCCGGGACUCGGAUCCCGCCGCUUUUCCCCGGUCACAUCCGUCCCCCGCCCGUCUGCCUUGGCCAGGGCAGAGGGUUUUUUUCGCGCAGAAAAGCUGGAUUUGAACAUUUUCUGCUGUUCUCUCGGUUUCCUGUUGCCUUCCCAAGAACAACAUCCCUGACCUCAUCCUCCCCCGGUACGCGCCGGGAUGCUGCCGGUGCGAGAGCCGCCCGUCGGGGAUCCCACCCGGCCUUCCCUGGGUACCAAGACAAACACAGCUGCGGGAAUGACGGAGAAAAAGCUAUUUUGGCUCACUCCUUAGGCCGGUGUGGAGGGAGCUGCCGUUGUGUCCCGGGACACUGAAGUGUCACCUGUGCCCCAUCCCGACGGAGAGGAGAGAGCAGGGGAAAAUCACCAGCUGCAGAUCUCAGCAUCCCAGAUCCCAGGGAUCCCAGGGAUCGCACGGCUCGGCUGCCGUUCACACGGACAAUGGCGCUUCCCAACCUGUCCGACUACUUGGACGGCCUCAAUAACUACAGCGACUACCCGGACUACACCUACGAGGACGCCGGCAGCGUGUGGGCAGACCCGGCCCACGACCCCAAGGACAUCACCAGGAUCCUGUCCGUCAUCAUCUACAGCGUGUCCUGCGUGCUGGGCAUCCUGGGCAAUGGCCUCGUCAUCGCCAUCAUCACCCUGAAGAUGAAGAAGUCGGUCAACGCCGUCUGGUUCCUCAACCUGGCCGUGGCCGACUUCCUCUUCAACAUCUUCCUGCCCAUCAACAUCGCCUACACGGCCAUGAGCUACCACUGGAUCUUCGGCACGGUCAUGUGCAAGCUGAACUCCUUCCUCCUCAUCCUCAACAUGUACACCAGUGUCCUGCUGCUCACCACCAUCAGCUUCGACCGCUACGUGUCCGUGGUGUUCCCGGUGUGGUCCCAGAACCACCGCUCCACCAACCUGGCCUACGGGGUUUGUGUGAUCAUCUGGACCCUGGGCAUCGUCAUGAGCUGCCCCUCGCUCGUCUUCCGGGACACGGCGCAGACCCGCAACUCCGUGAUUUGUUUCAGCAACUUCUCCCUGUCCAGGAAUAAAUCCUACGAAGGGCUGGCGCUGAUGAGGCACCGCACGGUGAACAUCACCAGGUUCCUGGCCGGGUACAUCCUCCCCAUCACCAUCAUCACCUUCUGCUACGUCGCCAUCGUCUUCAACCUGCGCCGGAACCGCCUGGCCAAGUCCAAGAAGCCCUUCAAGAUCAUCGUCACCAUCAUUGUCACCUUCUUCCUCUGUUGGAGUCCCUACCACCUGCUGAACCUGCUGGAGACGGUGCCUGAUGCAGUCCCCUGGUCAGUGUUUGAGAUCUUCAUCCCGCUCACCACGGCCCUGGCGGCCUCCAACAGCUGCAUGAACCCCGUCCUCUACGUCUUCAUGGGCCAGGAUUUCAAGAAGUUCAAGGUGACCCUCCUUUCCAGGCUGGUGAACGCCCUCAGCGAGGAGACAGGACACUCCAGCAUCGUGCACAGGAGCUUCUCCAAGAUCUCCUCCAUGACUGAGAAAGAGACAACAGUUGUCUAAGCCCAGCCUGCAGGAGGGACAGAGUCCCCUGGUGUUGGCACUGUGAGGGUGACCACCCCUGUGGUGGCCCUGGUGUGGGUCCAGCAUUGUCCAGCACUGUCCUACAGCCCGUUUUUGACUGAGGGCUGGCAGGGGGUGGAGACCCCCAAGGUGUGGAGAAGACACAACCACCCUUGAUCUUGUGUGGGAUUGCAAAAAUCCUUGUGCCAAAUGAAGGAAACGUUUUGGGGCAUUCCCAUCCAACCCUCCCCUGACCUGGGAAGGGCUUUCCUGGUGUUUUCCAGAGGCACCGUGGUGGGUCACGGGAUAUCAGGAAGGCAUCUCCCGUGCCAUGGGUGAUCCCUGCCAUGGCCAAAUUGGGGACAUUCCUCUGUCCCAUGGCUGUGUGUGGCUCCUCAUGGUAAAUUCCUGAGGGAUUUUGGUACCAGAACAAAGUGUUUGUGACUGUUUCUGGAAGUGUCCUUAUGUUGGAAUAUCCCACCUCAAAAAACCGGGAAGUCUCAAAUAUCUUCUAAGAUCCAGACCCAGAGCCACCUUCCAGUGUGGGGAUUGGGCUCACACACAGGGGCACCAGCAUGGAAAACUGGGAGAAAAAAGAGGGAAGAGUCAAUUUGGGAUGUCUUUUUACGCCUCCUCUUGAUGGGCACGUUCCACACGGUGCAUCCUGCAGAGCAGUUGGAUGUUUGGGACCAGGAACAGGUCCACGAGCUGGGAAUGAGCUCCUGGGGAGGACCUGCUGUCCCCUCCUGUAUCCAGGGGAGAGUGGCCAGCUGCUCCCUGGUGGGACUGGUGGGUUCUAUGGGAUGAUUUUUUUCUCUCCCAUCUUGGGAGACUCUGGGAAUCUCGUGGGAGACUCCGCUGCCCCACACCAACCUCUGCAGUGAGGGACGGGCCGAGCCACCACCUCGAUCCAAUUUCAUGCAGUUAAUUUGAGAGCUCCUUCUCCAUUAGGGCUCCUUCACCACGAUCCCAGUGUCACCCUCAUUUAUGUGUCACCCCCAGGACAGCGAGGAAUCCCUGGAGCUGGAAUUAGGCAGCCCCCAGUGGCCUUGGGGACAUUUCAGGACAUUUCAGGAGGUCCCUCGGGGAGCUUUGUGCAGAGUUUUGACACGUUGGCAGUUGGGAGUCUGCUCCCAGGUGCCUCCAAAAGCUGAAAUAUUUAUUUAUAGCUUUCCUUGGAUAUCAGAAAGUGGAAAAUAAAAUGGAGAGGCAGCUCCCAGGAAAGGCCAGGGAGCUGUUUCCAGGCAGCACAUUGUGCCAGCCGCAGGUGGGAGUAAAGCUCCGGUAAUCGAGCCGCGGGAACACCGCGGAUCAGAGCAGAUGCUGCAGCGGGAGCUGGAUUUCAGGAUUUCAGGAUUUCAGGAUUUCAGGAUUUCAGGAUUUCAGGUGGAUUAUCCAGCGUCCUCUCCGCCCCGGCGCUGCCUCGCUGCUCCACCUUGAUCUGCAUCGCCUCCUUCGUGUGAUGGGACACUCAGCACCCGGAUUGUCUCCGUAUCUCCUGGGGUUGGGAUGCACCCGCUUCCCCAGGGAGCACUGCCACAUCCCUGCGCCACACCACGUCCCAUGGCCAGGCCCAGGGCUGCUCCCAGCCCUGAUCCACAGAGAUCCACCCUGGAUCCGUACCCAUGGAAGAUGCAGUGCCUGAGGAGGCAGUAGGGCCUCUCUGGUGGUGGGAGGCGGCUCCUCUUGCUCAUUUUCCCCAGUAUUUAAUUAAUACUGCUGGAAGGUUGCCAGGAUCCUAUUAGGAGUGGGAUAGGACAGAUGGGAUGGACGGGACAGAUGGACAGACGGGGCGGUGACAGGGACACACAGAACUUGCAGAGGAUCUGUUUAGGGAACAGUGGGAAUGGGAUGUACCCGGAGCCAGCAGCCUCUGGGGCUUUUUGGGCUCAGGGUUUGGAGAAGGUCUGGAUGUGGGAACAGCGGGAUGAAGCCUCGAGGACUGGAUGCCAUCCCACUGCCCCUCGGGUUGGCGCUGGGAUGUUUGUGAUGGAUCCAGGAUGCUCCUCACUAAUCCUGGUGUCUGUUUUUUUCCAAGCCCAUCUGUUAUUACUCCAAACAGCUUUCCAGAAAAAGGAAAAGCAGUGCCUUGGUACUUACCCUGGGGUUAAAUCAUCCCUGUAAUGGCAGCUUGGGAAUCCCAAGUUUCCCAAAUAUUUGAAUCCGUCUUUGUAGCUGUUUGCUUAUUUAAUAAAAGCUCUGCUUUCCAGACAAA